AUGGCCAUCAUUCUGAGUCUUCCAGAUGAGCUUUUGGCUCCUAUACUGCACGACUCUGUACCUCAAGAUUGUGCCCAUCGUGUAGCGCCACUGGCCCUUGUUUGCCGACGCUUCCAUCGCAUUACUACACCGCUUCUUUAUCGCGACAUCGAUAUUCAAUGCAAUGGUGCCUGCGGGCCACAUCGAGAUGUUCGUAGAACCAAGCUACUUCAUCACACGUUUCGCUCGAAUCAGUCAUUGCGGCAACAUUGCCAGAGUCUUGUCAUUAAGUUUGGGCCGAAUUCAUGGGACUCAAUGGAACCUAUCGAUGGGGACGACUCCACCCCCAAUCUGGCCUAUAUCGCCGUGGACUUUGUCAAGUGGCUCUAUAAUACUGCGGAGCUUCGUAUCAGCCUUGUGUCAUUUUAUGACGACACGUGGUACGAGACUUUCAGGACGUCAACGCCAUCGGAUCUGUCCGUGUUGUAUAGUCAGGCCCCCAAGUCCCUAACGCGUCUCAAGCAUCUCCAGAUAGGUCAAGAAAAUGUGCCUAUGCACUUGCCUACUCUAUUUGGAAGUCUAGAGUGUUUGGAUAGUAGCGCAUGUCUACGAAUUCUGGAUCUCACUGGCGUGUCUCAAAUUGGAACUGAACAAGAUUGGAAGCGACUGAAGGCUAAGGCGGGCACUGCUCCAUUCACAGAGCUCAAGUUGCGCCAUUUCACCCAAAGCGCAACUGCUCUUGAAGCGCUCGUGAUGUGGCCGGUCAGGUUGGAAGCAUUUCAUUUCUCGAUGCCAAGGUCCGACUACUACAGUGGUGACUUUGCAUUAACGAGAUACGACUUGGGUAUAAUGAAGACGAUAUUAUCGCAUCAAAAAGCCUCGUUGAGCCAUAUAAACAUUCAUGAGCUCCUAACAAAGUCUGGCGUGGAGGACUUUAAUCUUUCUGGGUUUCAUCAAUUGCAUACCCUGUGUAUGUCACGCGAUUUAACAGGCAUUGAUACCAGUGACGUGGCCAAUCUUCUUGCGCCCAACCUGCUGAUAUUUCGCUGGGAUAUGAGACUCGAAGAUCAGCAGUGUUGUAGGGGUCUAGAUGGAUUUUCUCAACCUCAAGAAGAGUGGAUAAGAGCGUUCGCUAAAUCUUCUAUGGAGCGCAAGACUUCUCUCAAGCAGAUUCAGAUCAAUUUCUACCCAGAGAGCUGGUUUCGUGCAGACAUUGAUAAGGACUAUCAAUAUCCAUGGGAUCGAAUGGAGAGACUUGCCGGGGAAUUUGAGCCUCAUGGUAUCAGUGUGGUAUACAACCCCCCUAAUAUCACUAAGGAGGAAUUCCAGAGUACCAAGGAAAAAUGUUUAAACUUUAGAGCUUUCUUUGCCGGAAGAGGGACUACUUGGUAA